AUGCUAGUUGCAGUUCGGGUUCUUUUUGUUGUUGUUGUUGAUGAUGAUGAUGGGGUUGUUGCAAUGCACCGUGUGGGUAGUGCAGGGAACACAAACAAUUCUGUUCGCCCACGUAAAGAGAAAAGGCUAACAUAUGUUUUGAGUGAUGCUGAUGACACAAAGCAUUGUGCUGGCAUAAACUGUCUAAAAGUGUUAAGGUCCACUGUAUCUGAUGGGUGUGAUUACCUCUUCACUGGGAGUCGUGAUGGCACGCUGAAGAGAUGGGCCCUUUCUGAAGAUUCCACGACGUGCUCUGCUACAUUUGAGUCACAUGUUGAUUGGGUAAAUGAUGCUGUCCUUGCUGGUGAUAGCACCCUUGUAUCCUGCUCUUCAGAUACCACCCUCAAGACAUGGAAUUGCUUAUCUGAUGGAACUUGUACCAGGACUCUUCGUCAACACUCUGAUUAUGUUACUUGUCUUGCAGCAGCAGAAAAAAAUAGCAAUAUUGUUGCCUCUGGAGGCCUUGGUGGGGAAGUUUUCAUAUGGGAUGUGGAAGCUGCACUUACUCCAGUGUCAAAGUCUGGUGAUGCAAUGGAAGAGGAUUGUUCAAAUGGUGUAAAUGGUUCUAUCAAUUCAUUGCCCAUGACAAGUUUACGAACCAUUAGCUCAAGCAACAGCAUUUCUGCACACACGACUCAGUCCCAUGGGUAUGUCCCAGUUGGUGCUAAAGGCCAUAAGGAGUCAGUCUAUGCGUUGGCAAUGAAUGAUAGUGGAACCCGUCUUGUCUCUGGUGGGACUGAGAAGGUUGUGCGUGUUUGGGACCCCCGUACUGGUUCAAAGGCUAUGAAGCUAAGAGGGCAUACUGAUAACAUUAGAGCUCUGCUUCUGGAUUCUACUGGCAGGUAUUGCUUAUCAGGUUCUUCUGAUUCUAUGAUCAGGCUGUGGGACCUUGGCAUGCAGCGAUGUGUGCAUUCAUAUGCUGUGCAUACAGAUUCUGUUUGGGCACUUGCUAGCACUCCAACGUUCAGCCAUGUAUACAGUGGUGGAAGGGACCUUUCUUUGUACUUGACAGACUUGGCGACAAGAGAGAGUCUCUUGCUUUGCACAAAAGAGCACCCCAUUUUACAAUUGGCAUUACACGAUGACAGUAUAUGGGUUGCGACAACAGAUUCUUCAGUUCAUAGAUGGCCUGCUGAAGCACACAAUCCUCAAAAGGUCUUUCAAAGAGGCGGUUCAUUCUUGGCUGGUAACCUUUCCUUUUCAAGGGCAAGAGUUUCUUUAGAAGGAUCUACUCCAGUGCCUGUCUAUAAAGAACCAACCUUAACCAUUCCUGGAACUCCAGCAAUAGUGCAGCAUGAAAUUUUAAAUAAUAGAAGGCAUGUCUUGACUAAGGAUACUGCUGGCUCCGUGAAGCUAUGGGAGAUCACAAGGGGCAUUGUAAUUGAAGACUAUGGGAAGGUUUCAUUUGAGGAGAAAAAGGAACAAUUAUUUGAAAUGGUCAGCAUUCCUGCAUGGUUCACUGUGGAUACCAGGCUUGGAAGCUUGUCUGUUCAUUUGGACACACCACAAUGCUUUUCUGCUGAGAUGUAUUCAGCUGAUCUUAACAUAGUUGGGAAACCUGAGGAUGAUAAGGUUAAUUUAGCUCGUGAAACCCUUAAAGGUUUGUUGGCUCAUUGGUUGGCCAAGAGAAGGCAAAGACUUGGAUCCCCAGCUUCAGCUAAUGGAGAUGUUUUAUCCGGAAAGGAUGUUGCUCCUAGAAGUCUUGGCCAUUCUAGAGUUGAAGUUGAUGGUGGUUCUGAAAAUGAUUCCAUGGUUUAUCCUCCAUUUGAAUUUUCAACUGUUUCCCCUCCUUCAGUGGUUACUGAAGGCUCUCAAGGAGGUCCAUGGAGAAAGAAAAUUACUGAUUUAGACGGAAGCGAAGAUGAAAAGGACUUCCCUUGGUGGUGUUUGGAUUGUGUGUUGAACAAUCGCCUACCACCAAGAGAAAACACCAAGUGCAGCUUUUAUCUGCAUCCAUGUGAAGGUUCAGCUGUUCAGAUCCUCACACAAGGCAAAUUAAGUGCACCUCGCAUCCUGAGAAUACAUAAAGUUGUCAAUUAUGUCGUAGAAAAGAUGGUCCUUGACAAACCACUGGAUAGUGUGAAUACUGAUGGAACAUUUGCUCCUGGACUUGGAGGACCCUUGCAGCAUUCAGUGGUUGGAGAUGGAUCUUUCCGAUCUGGAUUGAAGCCUUGGCAAAAGCUUAAGCCUUCCAUAGAGAUCUUGUGCAAUAAUCAGGUCUUAUCCCCGGACAUGAGCUUAGCCACGGUGCGAGCUUACAUAUGGAAGAAACCUGAGGAUCUGGUCCUUAAUUACAGAGUUGUUCAGGGAAGGUGA